CCCGCCCCGCGAUUCGCGGCCUGACGCCCGCAACAAUCCCUCCUCAUCAAGACGACAAACCAAGUCGCCAGUUCCAUGGGACCCUAAGCAUGCGCGCCGCUGAUGGGCGAUCGAUUCUACCACAUCUACAGCUCAAUGCCUCCUAGCGACUGAUCUGAGGCAGUGCCCACCAAGGUGACCCGACCGCCACCGAGCGGACCCCACAAGCGACAGGAUGGUUCUCAAGCCCACGCUGAGCUUGACACUUCCUUCGCUGAAGGACGAGACGGUGCUCGACUGCCGAGUUUAUUUCCCGACCACCUUAUACGACCCCGCUGCAUCCACGGACUCAUCUUCGGGGAGCUGGUCCGGCGAUGACGAAAAACAACGUGAGGAAGAAAGGGUUAGACGCGAGCUGAACGGGGAGGCUCGCGCCCCAGACACUCACAGGUGGACUGCGAAAAGGAGGAAGGCGGCGAUAAUAGCACAUCCGUAUGCGCCGCUAGGUGGGAGCUGCGACGAUUAUAUCGUGCAGCAGACCGCAGGAACACUGCUGAAGCAGGGUUUCGUGGUGGGGUUGUUCAACUUCCGUGGUGCGGCUACCUCCAAAGGUAAGACGUCGUGGAAUGGGAAACCGGAAGUAUGCGAUUACCACUCCAUGGUUGGGUUCAUGGCGGCCUUCAUGCACCACCUCGACUUGGAACCUGCGUCUCCCGCCGGAUCUGUUCCUGAUGCCGGCACCUACGAACUAAGUACCAUACCCUCACAACUCCCCGCGAACCCCGUAUCCGAGCCUCCAGCCUGUCCCACGACUUCCUCCAGCGCGUCCACAAACCGCGACUCGGCACCAGUGGACAACACACCCCUCCUGCUCCUAGCGGGAUACUCCUACGGCUCUCUCAUAACCACCAUGCUCCCGCCCCUGUCCACCCUCCUCACGCCCUUCCAAUCCCCCCUCCCUGGCACCACAGCCUCCGAAAUACGACUCCGCGCGCAACAUCUCGCCGAGGAGCAGAACACCCUGCACACCGAGCGACUCAAGCGCGCCUCGGAAGCAGCUACACGGCGCCAGCUUGCGAGGAACAUGUCAGGAGGGCUACGAGUCGGCGGCGACGAAACAUCAGAUGCCCAUCACCGGACGAGUCUCGACUCUCACCACGGCAGGAGGAGCUUGCGUCUCGACAGGCUAGAAAACAGCGACUGGGGCCGGAGGAGCCUGGAGCGAGUUAGGAGUUUGCGGAAGAGUCUAGACGGACCCCGCUUCUCGCCUCCCCCAUCCCGGCAAGCGUCGCAGACGGAGAGACGCGCGAAUAGCUCGUCAGCUACUAUUGAUACCCCCGGCGGCGCAUCCGUGGUGGUGAGUCCGGAAGAGGCCUCUGAAGCUGCGGCCGCGACGGCAGCGGCGACUCCUAUGCCACUUCUCCAGUUUGGUGAGAUGGACGCGGCAUACCUCCUCAUCUCACCCAUACAGGGCGUGGUUGGUGGGUUGGCGACUGUGUUCACCACUACGUCUGCGAAAUCGCUCUUACCCAGCCUCUUGUUCCACAAGAAGGAGACUCAUGCUAGCACCGCUGCACUUAGCGCGGGGGACGUGAAGUUUGUGGAGAACAAGACGCUGGUGGUGUUUGGUAAUAAGGAUUCCUUUUCGAAUGCUGGUAGGAUGAGGAGGUGGACGCAGAAGUUGGAGGGUGCGAGGGGGAGCAGGUUCAGAGCCGUGGAGGUUAAUAAUGGGGGUCAUUUUUGGCAUGAGAUGGAGGAGUUGGAGGUUUUGAAGAGAAGUGUUGAGAUGUGGGCGAGGGAAUUGGGGUGAUUUAUGGGAGGUAUGAUGAGGGCCUGCCUGUGUAAUAAAGAGAUGGGCAGGCUAUAGAAAGGGGCAGGCUAGCGUAGUAUACAGCUGUUAAUCUAUCACCGAAAGUUACGAGGUUUUCACGCAGGAUUUGUGCUCUACUGAU